UGACUCGUUGUGUGAUUUAAGUCGAUAUCAAUUGUAUUCAAUGGUUAACGCAUUGAGACGUGAAGUCCAGUGUUUGACAAAUGAUUUAUUAAGAUAUCAAUUGUUGACAAAAAAAUAUGAAAAAUAUCUGCAAUUUAUUGAUUCAAUCGAUGAAACAAUUGAUGAAAAUUUAGUGAAAAUGGAAAUCAAUUCACUUAUUGUCACCAAAAGCUGUUCCGAGUCUUUGACGACAUUAAACAAUACAGAGAUUUUCAAUCAAUUAAAUGAUCUGAAAUCAAUUGGUUGUCAAACAUGUGUUGAAUUACGAGAUGAAUGGACACAAAAUGAUGAUAAGUCAAGAAAUAUCAAUGAAGUUAAUAAUGAAGACAUUGAUUGUCUGAUUAGUUGUCAAUCAAUGGAUGAGACAAUUGAACGAAAAGUUGAUGAAAACAAUGACAACAACAACAACAGUAUUAAUGACAAUAAUGAAGAUAACAGUCAUAUGAAGAGCAAUGAUAUCAAUAUUGUAAACAAUUGUUACGAAAGUACUGAUAAUCAUAACUAUUAUCUGACACAAACAGAAAGUCAUUUACCAACAAAUAGUGAUAAUACUGAUGAAAAUGAUGAAAAACAUGAGGUAAUGGAUUCAACAAAUAGUGAAUCUUCUUAUUCAUUAAGAAAUAGUCGACAAUCAGUCAAAAGUUUGGCAAACAGUAAUUGUAAUGAUUAUCAUAAUUAUAGUCAUCGUAUUGAUGAAACAGUUGUUGUUGUUUUUGAUGACAAUAAUCAAGAGUUGUUGGAUAAAUCAGAUGAUAGUAAAGACUAUAGAAUUUUUCAAACAAAAGCUAAUGAUUGUGAUAAACAUGAAGAAAAAAUUGAUGAAAAACUUAAUCAAAUAAAGAGACAAAAAUCAAUUACUGCCAGAACUGGUGAUACCAAUCGCCGAUGUGGUAGUUGUCCACGUCUUGAGCAUAGAAAAUCCCUAAAGAAAGUCAAGACUACGUUAGCCGAUAAAGUAUUAGAUAAAGUAUGCAAUGAUCGGACAACUAUGAUAAUCGGCAAAUACCAGUGUCAACACUGUUCGGCAAUGUUUGCCGAUUCAAUAGCCUUAAAACUGCACGAACUCAGACACAAUACAACAUACCAGUGCACCGAACAGGGAUGUAUGUACAGUACUGGAAAUGAACAUGACUUUCACGCCCAUACCAAGAAUGCACACCAUCGACAAUACAGGUGUCGGUUCGAUGGCUGCGAUAAAGCCUACGGAAAGAUGGCCUAUUUGAGGACACAUGAACUUUGUGUACAUCCCGAUGAAUUGCCGGACGUUGCUUGGAUUGACUGUUCAUACGAUGGCUGUCAAUAUCGGUGUAAAUAUAAUCACUAUAUGAGAGCACAUAUUAGUCAACACGAGUUGCCCUUUCAGUGUACGAUCGACGGGUGCACUAAAAGUUUUAGAUCGCCGACAGUAUUACGCAAACACCAACAAAGUGUACACAACCUGAACACUGGGGAUCUUCCAUGGCUUCAAUGCCCGCACUGUCCGUAUAGAAAUAAAUUAGAAAAUCUACUGAAACGUCAUAUGUUUGUACACACAAAACCGUUCAAUUGUGACGAUUGUGACCAAUGUUUUUCAAAUUCAUUGUUACUAUCGGCUCAUAUGACCAAACAUACUGGUAUGAAAAAAAACUACCGAUGCGAAUGGCCAGACUGUGGUAAACGUUUUGCUAAAACAGAGAGUCUCAACAAUCAUAUGGAGACACAUUCACGACGACAUAUUGAAUACCGGUGCGAAUGGUCCGAUUGUGAGCGAACUUAUACGACUAAAAACUCACUGCAAAUGCAUGUCGAACGACAACAUAAGGGAAAGGGAGUCUACCGGUGCCAUUGGCCCGGUUGUGAUUAUCAGACAACUAAUUCUAUACGAUAUCGAUAUCAUCAGCAAAAACAUGACGGAUCGGUACCGGUAUAUGAAUGUCAAGCAAUUGAUUGCAAUUAUAAAACAAAAAUGAAAGACGAGUUUGACAUACAUAUAGAUACUAAACAUGACUCGUUGUGUGAUUUAAGUCGAUAUCAAUUGUAUUCAAUGGUUAACGCAUUGAGACGUGAAGUCCAGUUUAAGAAUGAAAUCAAUUCACUUAUUGUCACCAAAAGCUGUUCCGUGUCUUUAAAAACAUUAAACAAUACAGAUAUUUGCUGUCAAUUAAACGAUCUGAAAUCAAUUGAUUGUCAAACAAGUGUUGAAUCACGAGAUGAAUGGACACAAACUGAUGAUAAGUCAAGAAAUAUCAAUGAAAUAACUAAUGAAGAGAUCGAAGAAGACAUUGAUUAUCGGAUUAGUUGUCAAUUAUUUGAGAGAAGAGUUGAUAAAAACAAUGUUAACAACAAUUGUAAUGAAGAUAACAAUCACAUGAAGAGUAUUAAUAUCAAUGUUGUGGACAAUUGUGAUGAAUGUACUGAUAAUCACAAAUCAGUUGGUUGUCAGACAUGUGUUGAAUUACAAUUGAAUCAAUGGACACAAACUAAUCAUCAAAAGUCAAUGAAUAUUGAAUUAAAUAAUAAAGACAUUGAAGACACAACUGAUUGUCAGAUAAGUUGUGAAUCAAUUGAGCGAAGAGUAAAUGAAAACAAUGUCAACAACUUGUAUGAAAACCAUGAUUUAAAUCAUAAAGCAAUGGAUCAAACAAACAGUUUCUCUGAUGACAGUCAUAGUAUUGAUGACACAGUUUUUGAUGAUUAUAUUGAAGAGUUGAAUGAAUCAGAUAGUGAUGAUAGCGAAGACACAAUUAUUGUUGAUAUAGAAGCUAUUGAUACUACUGUUGAUGGCGAUGGCGAAGAUGACGAUUCAAUAAUGAGACAAAAAUAUUGGACAAUACAGAAGCUAUUGGUAAUGAUUGUGAUAAUCAUGAAGAAAAUCAAACUUAAAAGCUCUUAUUAUAGUCGUCCACGUCUUCAACAAAAUAAAUCUACAAAAAGAAUUAAGACUAAGAUAUGCGAUGAAGAAGACAAAGAAUAUAUCACUGAUUGUAAAGAUUGGGGAAAAUUGAAUGGAAAAUACCGGUGCAAACAAUGUUCGGCAACUUUUAUUCAGUUAAAAUAUUUAAAAUUACAUCAACUAAGACACGAAACAACAUACCAGUGCACCGAACAGGGAUGUGAGUACAGUACGGGAAAUCAACAAGACUUUCUCGAUCAUAGCAAUAAUGUACACAAUAGACAACAUAGCUGUCGGUUCGAUGGCUGCGAUAAAACCUAUGGAAAGUUAUCGUAUUUGAGGACACAUGAACUUUGUGUACAUCCGGAUGAGUUUCCAGACGUACCGUGGAUUGACUGUUCAUACGAUGGCUGUCAAUAUCGGUGUAAAUAUAAACAUUAUAUGAGAGCACAUAUUAGUCAACACGAGUUGCCCUUCCAGUGUUCUAUCGACGGGUGCUCUAAACGUUUUAUGUCAGAUAAAGUAUUAGAUAGACACCAACAGCGUAUGCACGACAUGAACACUGAAGAUCUUCCAUGGCUUCAAUGUCCGCACUGUCCGUAUAGAAAUAAAUUAAAAAACCGUUUUGAUCAUCACAUGUUAAGACACACAAAACCAUACAAAUGUGAUAAUUGUGAACAAAGUUUUUCAUCACCAUUCUAUCUAUCGGCUCAUAUGUCCAAACACACUGGUAUCAAAAAAUACCAGUGCGAUUGGCCAGACUGUGGUAAAAGUUUUGCUAAAAAAGCGAGUCUCAACUUACAUAUGGCAACACAUAAACGAGAUAAGGAAUACCGAUGCGAAUGGCCCGGUUGUGACCGUAUAUAUACGAUUAAAAGUUCGCUGGAAAUGCAUGUCGAUCGACAACAUAAGGGAAAGGGAGUCUACCGGUGCCAUUGGCCCGGUUGUGACUAUCAGACAACUAAUUCAAUACGAUUUAAAUAUCAUAUGCAAAAACAUGACGGAUCGGUACCGGUAUAUGAAUGCCAAUCAAUUGAUUGCAACUAUAAGACUAAAAUGAAAGACGCGUUUGAUAUACAUAUGAAUACUAAACACCGAUAA